CCAAGAUUUAUCAAUCGCUCUCUUCUUCUUCUUCUUCUUCCUUCGUCGGUUCGUCUUCUUCCGAUAGAUCUGCUUCGCUUCCUCACUUCCGUUCAAGGAUCAUCAUCUCAAAUCUCCUUCUCGCUCAAAGAAACCCUAAUUCUUACGCAAGUCAGUUUCUCAUCUUCUCUAAUCCUAUCUUCCUCUUAUUCAACAUUUCUUUGCGUUGCUUGAAACUCGUAUUCUCGAUUCUUCUGGAUAUUAGUGUGUAAAUGGAGGGAGUUGGAGGUGACGCUGCUUCAAUGGCAUCACCUGUACAACAACGUGCGAAUGAGGCGUGGAGACUGUAUCAGUAUUACUUAGACAAGACUACGCCUCACGCGGUUAAUAGGUGGAUCGGGACUCUUGUGAUUGCAGUGAUAUACUGUUUGAGGGUUUUCUAUGUUCAAGGGUUCUAUAUCAUUUCUUAUGCGUUGGGGAUUUAUGUUCUGAACUUGCUGAUUGGGUUUUUAUCGCCACUGGUUGAUCCUGAGCUUGAUGCGUCUGAUGGUCCAAUGUUACCCACAAAAGGUUCAGAUGAGUUCAAACCAUUCAUCCGUCGACUUCCAGAGUUCAAGUUCUGGUACUCCAUGACUAAGGCUUUCUGCAUAGCGUUUGUGAUGACAUUCUUUUCUUUCUUCGACAUUCCCGUCUUUUGGCCGAUACUACUCUUCUAUUGGAUCGUUCUGUUUGUUCUGACAAUGAGGCGCCAAAUAGCACACAUGAUGAAGUACAAAUACAUCCCCUUUAAUCUAGGAAAGCAAAAAUAUGGAGGGAAGAAAGCUUCUGGCAGCAGGUCUCGCGCAGACUGAAGCAUAUGAACCGUUUGUGGAGAAAGUAGUAGUUUCUGGUUUAUGAUUGGUCCAUAUUACUCAGCUCUUUGAACAAUCUGCAUUGAAGUACUCAUGAACUGUUUUGCAGCUCCUGAGAGAAAUCGCAUUUUAGAUAGGUAGAUAUCUCUGGUUUUGAAAUUCUUUAUGUAGAGGCAAGCAUCAUUAAAAAAGCAUUUGUCAGUUU